UUCAAGCGGUUCCUUCUAAUCCAUGACGUUCACAUGAUUCGACCUGACCUGACUCCUUUUACGAAUGUGAUGGUUAAGGGCCUUUUGGGUGAACGGCCUUGCGGCCUAAUCGCGACAGCCUCCACAGUGACCGUGACCCUUGAGUGUGACGAGCCAUUUAUUGAUAAAGGCUUGAUCAUUUAUCGAACGGAUUCCGCUCACGCGCUUCUCAUAUCUGAGGUUAGAGUGGAAGCUGAAGGAACGUUCAAACCAGAUGACACUGUUUUCUUGGAGUCCAACCUGAUCCCUAAGACUGCCAGUGCUUCUUCCGGAAAUAAUCCCAAUGGAAUCUUUGAUGGGAUCCCCUUUGCAACAGACCUCGAAGCAAAUCCUUGGUGGAAAGUGGACCUUGAGCGUUACACGUUGAUCACCACCGUUCAUUUGGAAGUGGAAGAAUUUAAACUCAUGGCUCUUAACGUCCUGACACCUUCCCCUAAAUUGUGCAAAAACAUCAAUUCUGAGGCCGAUCUCGUAACACCCUGUUCCUCUAUCCUAGAAGGAACAGGGCUGCAAAUUCGAGGCACUGACCCGGAUCCAAUGUCACUUCGUUUGCUCAGAGUGCAAAUUGGAACCGUUCCCUUGAGCUUUGACAGAGAAUUUUCGCAACGGGAUAUGCCCACGGAUUGUGCCGAAUCUUACGCUUCAGGGGGAUUUCUCACUCCUGGCGAAGAGCUUCAUUCAUUCGGAUUGGGAUCCACCAUUGCUUCCACCAAAUCUGUUUUCUGCGAUAGAGGUUGGAACGUGAUAUUGCGUCGGGGACAAUUUGGAAAUCCAAUCGAUUACUUUAACCAAAAUAUGGACAAGUACAAAGUGGGAUUUGGCGACAAAAACAAGGAGUUCUGGUUGGGACUCGAUUAUCUGUAUCAUAUAACCAAUGCUCGAGACUAUCGACUUAAAAUCGAAUUGUGGGACAAAGAUUUGAACUAUCGUCAGGCCAAUUACGGUCGUUUCAAGAUCUUGAACAAUGUAACCUACAACCUGGAAGUCGAAGAUUUUUCCUCCCCCUCCCAUGCAUUUGUACCAGACGCUCUUGGAACGGCCAAUGGCAUGAAAUUUACGACAAUGGAUGUCGAUAACGACGAGGACACAACGGAGAACUGCGCCAAUAUUUUUGAAGGCCCUGGAUGGUUCAAAAGGUGCGGAGACGCAAACUUGUUUGGGCCGAACUACAAUACAAAGACGGCCGAGUCUCAAAAAGCAAUGUUUUGGCGGUAUUUCCAAGGCCCGACUAAUUCCUUGUCUAAAAUUGUCAUGUCCAUCACCUCAUCGAUGACGGAGCCAGUUGCUGGGACAACUGCAAGUGAAGCGGUCUCCACAGAAGUUGCCAGUGACAUUACUCUGGAGUAUCAUUGCAUCAAUCCCGAACAAUCCUUUGUUGCGCUAAAAGAGUUCUCGUUCACGCCUUUGACCAAAGUGGCAAUAACUUGUUCUGAAGAAGGGGUAUGGACCCGGGAGCCAGCAUAUCCUGUUCCUUGUGAAGAUACAUUUUGUUCAACUCCACCUGAAGCUCCCGUUGGCAGCUCCUUAAAGCUAUAUCAAUAUCAAGGAUUUCCCAUUGUAAAAGACGCUGCUAAAUAUCAAUUCAUCUGUGAGGACGGCAAAAUCAUGACUCCCUACAGUGGGAGUGGAUCUCUGAGCAUCUUUGAAGUCCCUUGUCCAUUCACCGCAGGUUCUAUUGCUUGGCCCUCUUGUCAAUCUUCAACGUUAUGUCCAGCCUUGAAUCCACCCCCGGCCUCACCCCAACAAGGUCAUGUCAAUUUGACGGACAAUGGAAUAAAAUUUGGACCAUGUUUUGGGAGGAGCACGAACACCCCGGUAGCAUUGCCGUCUUGCCCAGCCAUCAAGGUCUUCGUGGAGGAUCAAGAAAUCCUGGCCAGCGGCCAAAUCAAGUCCAAAGUGGAUCUCAUGAUUACAGCGAGUAGUUCGGAUUUGAAUUCCAAGAUCACAUUUUCUCAUGAGCUUCAGUCGAGUUCUUUGAUUGAUAUCACCAAUGGCGCUACCUUGGAGGACUCUACCAACCUUCGAACCAAAGUGUUGCAUUUGGUUAAUCUUGAACCGGGUCUAACUGAAAAACAUUCAGUCGUUUUUCAGUACAACCAGGUGCCCGGACUUGACCUGUGCGUUUACGAUGCCAUUUGUAGCGAUUCGCAAACUGAGCUGAGCACCAACUCCAGCCUUACCAACAGUCUUGACGUUACGGCCGGCAAACUGGGUACAAAGGCCAUGGUGAGAUAUUCUUGCGGAUCUGCCACAGAAUUUCAGAAGAACUCGGCCACAGAGAAAUUCAUCAAUCUUGAGUGUCUCAUGGAUGGCAAUUGGAACGACUCCAUCAUUUUGCCGCCAUGCGUUUAUGUUAAAUGCGAUGUCCCACCCGUGAAUCCAGGUCUCUCGAUCUGGAAUUGGGAUGGACAACCAGUUCCAUUUGGCUCUGCGGUUCAAUAUCGAUGUGACAACGGUAAAAAGUUUCAACAUGAUCCAACUUUGGAUUUUGUUAAUGCCACUUGCAAACCCGGAAACACUUGGGAAGCUCCCGUCGGCGGGUGGCCAACAUGCAUAGAAACUAAAGUCUGUGAGGAUCCUCCAGCCAAAGUAGAAGGCGGAGAGAUGGAGGUUCUUAGUACCGGAUUUCGUUAUGGAAUCACCUGCAUUGGCGCCAAUGGUGUUAAGGAAAUCAUCCCUGGACAAAACACCUGUAACUCCCCGACGAUCAUGCUAAGCAAAACAUUCUUUUACUCCAAUGGUAUGGGAGAACAGAUGGAAAGACGCGUUUACACAGUCCACGUGAAAACGCCAAGCACCGUGCCUAAGAUUACAUCCCUUCUCAAGUUUUCUAUCCCACCUGAGCACGCCCUUGAGAUUACGGGAGCAGUCAAUACCAAACUAAUCCCAACUAAGGCUGACACCGUGUUCAUUCUCCAAGCGGAUCUCGAUAUUUCUUUCGCUCCAAAUAAUAGCCUAUCAUUGAUCAUGGAUUCCAAAGUAGGGGACUCUCCAUCUUGUUUGGUGGAGAUGCAAUGCUCCCCAUGUGAAGAGGCAUCCGAUUGCCAAGCAACAAUCGACAAUUACCAUGCCAAUUUGGUCAAAUUGGUCGGAGGCAAUAUCUUCAAGAGCUCCUACCAAUAUAAGUGUCCUAUUGGAUCAAAAUUCGCGAGCGCUGGUAACACAAUGGCUGCUUUGAAUAUAUCAUGUUUCUGGAAUCAAACUUGGCAACCCUUUGCCAGCCUUCCUCCUUGUGCCCCUUUUGGGUGUGCCAAUCCAAUUCUUCCAUCUCCGGACAAGAAUCUGAACUUGACCAACUAUCAAAGUGAUCAAGUGGUUGAUUUUGGGUUUGAAGCAAUUUUCAAAUGCUCAGAUGAAUUUCUUUUCGAAGAAGAUCGGGACUUAACUGACAUCAGAGCCGUGUGCAAUCCCAAUGGGACAUGGACGUAUCCUCAAUGGAAACAAUGCGUCAACCCAAGUACUCGCUAUUGCCCCGAUCCCAUGGCCAGCCCGUCAAAUGGUGGAUCAUCGGAUUGGGAUCCGUCUCUCUCGGGAAAAGCUGCAGUGGGCAAGCAAGUCACCUAUACUUGCUCGGAAGCCCAGGACCUGAGGGAUAGCAAUGACGUUGUGAUACCCAAAUUUAUCACUACCUGUCAAUGGAAUCAAACUUGGGUUCCAGAACAAACCCUGACAUGCAAUUGGAAUGCUUGUAUUGACCCUCCCGUAUUGCCAAAUAUGAAAGCCAGCUACCUGGGGAAACCGGUGGCUUUUGGCGCUGACGUGGUUUACACGUGCGAAUCAGGGUUCUACUUUUCGGACGACAAAGAAAAAGCUUCCAUAUCCGUGAAAUGCCUACCUGACGGCAGUUUUGACAAGUCCACGCUCACCUUUUGCGUAGACACCAUGUACUGCUUGACAGAACCACCUAAAGCCCCAAUCGGAGGGCGCAGAAUUUGGGAUGGAGAUAUCGAAUUUAAAGCCAUAUCCACCUAUACUUGUGGUCCUAACAGAGUGUUCCUUCUUGACGACAAUGAUGGGAGCACGGCAAAGAGCCUGACAAGCAAAUGCCAAUGGAACACCAACUGGGAUCGGAUCGAGUUACCUUUAUGCAUUGCCACAGCAUGUUCCAAACUUCCAAAACCACCGGCUUCGUCCAAUUUGGAAUAUCUCUCAAGUAGCCAAUUCAAGAUCAACACCAAUCCCAACGAAAUGUUCUACAACUUGACCGUGCCAAACAGUCUACCACUGCCUUCCCAUUUUGGCCAGGAAUCCAAGCUGAUGCUAUUGGCUCGUCUUAAGGACAAGGUGGAGCAAAAUCCUGUCUUGCAAUUCAUCUCCGACAACAACGAUAUUGGAUUUCAUCUCGAGAUUAACUUGGCCAACGAAAACCUGGAUCUAACCAAUGACUUUAUACCGGGGACCAACCAUCAUCAGUUCGUGAUUGACGAGGGGGACACCUUUCAGAUUCAGAUCAUCUUCAAACCGGAGAGUUUUGUCUUUGAUAUCCAGUUGAACGAGGAGCUCUCCACUGAGUUUCAGGCCACUGCAGCCAUUUCCCCCAUCACGAAGCUACUAAUCCAAGGGGAUUUCACUAUAUCCGAGAUGAAAUUUCUGACUUCAGAUCAAGUAUCCACUGUUCCCAUUGGAUCAAUCUUGGAAUUCGGAUGCGAGGGUGGACGAGUUUUCAGUCAUAAUUGGAUGAUCCGACCCAUCGUUCAGACGACGUGUAACAAAGAUGGGUCUUUUUACGAACCUACACCUUGGCCUUCUUGUGUAUUUCCAACAACAACGGAUGCACCCUCUACUACACCCUGUGUCAAUGAAACGGAUUGCAACUCUGACGAAAACAAUGGCUCUGGUAAGUUUGACGUAACAAAUUUGGUCAAUCUGGAAACCUUUCAAGAAUCAAAUAAAUACAGAUUUUUACUUGAACAUGACUUUGCGUGUUAUUUUAAGAGAUUACAUGAACCUAUAGAAAUAGGCGCUCUCAAGAAAAUUGUUCUUAAAAACCUCUGAAAUGGGAGGCGAUUUGACUGUUUAAGGACCAAAUGGGUUUUUUUUGGAAUCAGACUAUUUUUUACUUUUUUUUCGUUUUUUUUUUGCCAAACUUUUUCUUUUCUUCUCAAAUGAAGUUUAUAGUUAAGAUUCUAACCCUAGCUUGCUCAAGAUUUUGGCAAUAAGUAGUAACUUCCUACUUGUACCUGUUCAUGAAGCCGGGUGAUGUUGGGUUGGACAUUCGCCAAUCCGUGUUCACAACAGGAAGGUACAUAAUUUGUCAGAAGUUCCG